ACUUCCUUGGUGCACACCUCUGGUUGCACAAUGGAAGCACUUACAUUUUUCAUCUUAUUUUCAACAUUUUUAUCAGCUAACAGCAUUAACGUUGAGGAGAACGCAGGGCAGUUUUUCAGCAGUGGUCAUACUAACAACUGGGCGGUUCUGGUGUGUACAUCGAGAUUCUGGUUCAACUACCGUCAUGUGGCCAAUACUCUGUCCGUCUACAGAAGUGUUAAGAGGCUGGGCAUUCCUGACAGCCACAUAGUUCUCAUGCUGGCUGAUGACAUGGCUUGUAAUCACAGAAACCCCAAACCUGCCACAGUGUUCAGCCACAAGAACAUGGAGCUGAAUGUGUACGGGGACGAUGUGGAGGUGGAUUACCGAGGAUAUGAGGUGACAGUGGAGAACUUCCUGCGUGUUUUGACUGGCAGACUGCCAACCAGCACACCACGCUCAAAACGACUCCUGUCUGAUGACCGGAGCAACAUCCUCAUAUAUCUAACAGGCCAUGGCGGAAAUGGCUUUCUGAAGUUCCAGGACUCUGAGGAGAUAAGUAAUGUGGAACUGGCCGAUGCUUUUGAGCAGAUGUGGCAGAAAAGAAGGUACAAUGAGCUGCUCUUCAUCAUUGACACCUGUCAGGGCGCUUCCAUGUAUGAGAGGUUCUACUCUCCAAACCUAAUGGCGUUGGCCAGCAGUCAAGUUGGAGAGGACUCCCUGUCGCAUCAGCCAGAUUUGGCUAUAGGAGUCCAUUUGAUGGACCGCUACACCUUCUACCUGCUGGAGUUCCUGGAGGACAUCCACCCUGCAAGCAAAGCCAACAUGAAUGACCUGUUCAAAGUAUGUCCGAAGAGUCAGUGUGUGUCCACACCAGGCCACCGUACUGACCUUUUCCUGAGGGACCCAGGAAGUGCCCUCAUCACAGAUUUCUUUGGUAGUGUGCGCAAAGUCGAGAUCACCAUGGAAACCAUCAACUUGACCGACCCCAUCAAGGAGGCUGAGCAGACUCCCAUGAAUGAAAAGCCGCAAAAAGUGACAUACUCGUAUGUGGACCAGCUGCCAGUGUCUGAGAUCAUCCAUCAGGUAAGAGACCCACACUAA